AUGAAGUGAAUUCAGGCGUGAAAUACAAUUUUUAUUCGUCAACUCUUGCUGAGAAUAAAAAGUAUGAAGCAAUCAAUUGUUCUCAUCGCGCUUUACUUUUGCACAGGAGAAGCUCAGAUAAGAACAUUAGGGAGGAACAAAUUAUUGAAUGAAACACGAAGAAUUUUAAGAGGAAAUGAAGUAGAUGACACGAGACCUUACAUGGUCUACCUUCGACCUGCUGGAACAGCCGCUAAACAACUUAUGAUCUCCAAUUGGUUAUGUGGUGGUGUCAUCAUCAGCGCUCAGUACGUCCUCACAUCAGCAGCUUGUAUUGAGGAUGUACAGCAUUUUUACGUAAUAUCAGGAACACACAGAUGGAUACCUUCAGACAUGUCAAAUGAUUGUAUUAAAUAUGGCGCGAAAAAAGCUGUAUGGAAAUGUGUACCAAAAGAUUACGUGUUCGACGGUAAAGAGUUCGAGAACAUUCGUUGGAUGGUCAAUGACGUGGCGGUCGUUAAGGUUGAAGAGGACUUUAAUUUCAAUAGACGGAUACGUGGUUGUGAUUUUAUACCGAAAUUAAUAGCGUUCAAUAACCAGUCCGAGGAUCUAGAGUCGCCGGGGACGGUAGCGUCCAUAGCUGGGUGGGGAUCCGUCGAGAGGUUCGGGGAUACUUUUGGAAGAUCGACCAUGAACUCGCCGGAGCUACUCGAAACUGACGUUGUAUUGAUAUCGAAGCAAAAGUGUAAAGCGGGUUGGCCCGAGAGAUACCAUUACAUCAUAGAUGGAAACAUGGUCUGCGCCAAGGACGGGGCGGAGACAGACGCCAUGAACACUAGGUGUAAGGAACACGAAAUUAAUUGCAAGGAACUGGUUUACUCUAAGGAGAGCGAUCCAGACACAAGAAGAUACGUCUUGAAGCCCGAGAAUUUGAGAGUACAUUCAGCCAAACACUUGGACACGAGACGAUCUCAGAUAAUAUCUGGUGGAUUCUGUGAGAAUGACCACGGAGGGCCUCUCGUUGUCGGUCACGGUAAGGGCUCUGUUGUGAUUGGUGUCAUAUCAGCUUGUAUGUCCGCUAACAUCACACAGAAGUGUUACGGACCAUUCCUCUACACCAGCGUGUUUAAAAACAGACACGUCAUCAGCUGCGCCAUUGAUAAGGAGCAAGGGUCGGGCUGCCGGAGAUUGUUGAAAUCAUUGAAGACAACAUUGUUAGAAACAAAGCUUAGCUGGAGAAGUCACCCCGAUGGACCAGCGAAGGAUGAGCUUCCAUCUGUUCGUAGCAGUACCCAGAAACAAAAGAACAUCAAACCAUCAAAAUCAAGAUCGACAACGAUUAAAACACAAGCAAGGACAUUUCGUUGAAACAAUGUAUAAAUAAAAUAAAUUUUUAAAAGUAGUAAAAAAAAAA